GUCUACUCAAUGACCAUCACUACUAGUCGUGCUUUGCAGCUUGCCUGAGCAAUGACCAUGGCUUCCUGAACUGUACAGAAGCAGGCUGCAGUCAAGCUGUGGAAUCUCUACACACUUUGAACGACCAGAUCUCUGACUUCAUCGUGAACAAGGCAAAGGCGCUCACCGAAGAGGACGAUUCUUUCCUGCCGGAUGAAAAAGAAACCCUGAAAACAUCCAUGUUGCUCAUGAGACACCUCUUGAUGGAUGCGCAGGCCAAGAUCCGGCGCAUGAUGGAGGGCAACCAGCAGCUGGCCCUGCGGAUCGAUGGAGCCAUCCAGGCGGCCGGCCUCGAAGUCAGCACCCUGCGGGCCGAGCUGACGGCCACCAACCGCCGCCUGGCCGAGCUCAGCGCCUGCUCCGCCGCCGCCGCCGCCUCUGCUGCAGCCGCCGCCGCCAACGCCAGCCCCACCGGCAGCCCCAACGCCACGGAGACGGCCGCCGCCGCCAUGGAGAACAACCAGCACAACCUCCAAGUGCUUCUCCGAGAAGAGGUGUCUCAGCUUCAGGAGGAAGUUCACUUGCUCCGGCAAAUGAAGGAUAUGCUCACAAAAGAUCUGGAAGAGACGCACGGCAGCAAGUCGACUGAGAUCCUCUCUGCCACCGAACUCAAAGUCCAGCUGGCACAGAAGGAGCAGGAGCUGGCAAGAGCCAAAGAAGCCCUUCAAGCCAUGAAAGCCGACCGAAAGCGUUUGAAGGCAGAGAAGACUGACCUGGUGAGCCAAAUGCAGCAGCUCUACGCCACGCUGGAAAGCCGGGAGGAGCAGCUACGAGACUUCAUCCGGAACUAUGAGCAACACAGAAAAGAGAGCGAAGACGCGGUCAAAGCCCUGGCGAAAGAAAAGGACCUGCUGGAACGGGAGAAGUGGGAGUUGCGCCGGCAAUCCAAAGAGGCCACGGACCACGCCAGCGCCCUCCGGUCACAGCUGGACUUGAAAGACAACCGAAUGAAGGAACUGGAGGCUGAGCUAGCCAUGGCAAAACAGUCCUUAGCGACGCUGACGAAGGACGUCCCCAAGCGACACUCCUUAGCCAUGCCUGGCGAGACGGUGCUAAACGGAAAUCAGGAAUGGGUGAUGCAGGCCGACCUGCCGCUCACGGCCGCCAUCCGACAGAGCCAGCAGACGCUCUACCACUCGCACCCCCAGCAUACGGUAGACCGGCAAGCCGUCCGAGUGAGCCCGUGCCAUUCCCGGCAGCCUUCCAUCAUCUCCGACGCGUCAGCCGCAGAAGGCGACCGGUCGUCCACGCCGAGCGACAUCAACUCCCCGCGGCACCGAACGCAUUCGCUCUGCAAUGGAGAUAGUCCUGGACCGGUACAGAAAAACUUGCACAACCCAAUUGUCCAGUCUCUAGAGGACCUCGAAGACCAAAAACGGAAAAAGAAGAAAGAGAAAAUGGGGUUUGGAUCCAUCUCUCGGGUGUUUGCCAGAGGGAAGCAACGGAAAUCCCUUGACCCCGGCCUUUUUGAUGGUACUGCCCCCGAUUACUACAUAGAGGAGGAUGCGGACUGGUGACCGCCUGCCCUGCCCUCUCCCGCUUCUGGUGCGUGUGCGUGUGUGGGAGUGUCUGUGUGCGCAAACGCCGCUAGCUGAACCCAGCGGAUUGCGAGCCCGUCGCCUCUUCUGCGUUGCCUCUUCUGUAACCGCUGUACAUAACCCCCCCGCCCCACAACGAUCCUGUGUGUGAACCCCAUUAACUGUUGUCUAUGGAGCGAUGCCAGUGGUGUUGGUGUAGCCCUCCCUGGUUCUGUUUGGGGGGGAGAGGUUCCCCUCCUGGUUUUCCGGGUUUUUUUCCUCCUCCCCCCCCCCACCCAUUUUUUCAUGUGUAUUUUUCUCCUUCUUUUUACGAAACUUGAAAACUUGAAGGACUGCUGUGUAUUUGUAAAUAACUGAUGACGACAAAAAGAAAACCCCGAAAUUUUGUGCACUGUGUGCUUGUAAAAACGUCUCUUGUCCCAAACGCUGUUCCUCCAGCACCCGCUCCUGAGGUGCUGAAACUUGUCCGUUUGCAAAGAUGGCUGCUGGGAGAGGGAACACCACAUCCUGUUCACAGGGCACGCCCACUUUACCAGGCCAGGCAGCAUCUUAGGAUGAGUUUGGACCAGGGAUGGGCAACUAAAAGUAUGGCUAAAGCAUACAUCUUCAGGCUGUUUGCAUACGAAUCAAAGCGCGGGAAAAGAAAAUUACCAUCAUUUCAUGAGGGGGAAAGGGAAAGUGUGUCGACAUUGUAAAAGAAAAUCCACACUUUUAACGUUCCUUUUAGUUUUUCUACGCAAAGGCCCAGCGACACCGGUUUGCAUGUGCUCUUAAACGGUGCAGCCAAAGGGGAUGUAGCAUACCGGCGAAGAGAACGUGCUGUGAUACAGAAGGCUGCCGGUUCAGAACUCACCUCUGCCACACACACACAAGACGUGCCCUUAGGGCAAGCCCCUUAGUCCCCAGUUUGGGGGGAUCAUACUAGUGGCCUACCUUAUAGUGCCAUUGUAACGGUUACUGUGAUGAUAAUAUAUGUGAGUUGCUUGGAACACUGAAAUUGCUAAACCAACGCUAAAUGUUAUUCUCCAUUGGGGGCACAGUUGCAUGGCAAAACACAUUCCUCUUUGGAGAUUGUGGCUUGGGGGAGGAGGGCUCCCUGAGACAGUAGAAGUUGACCAUCCCUGGUUUGUGUAUCUUGAGAGAAAUCUCACUGUGAGGUGGCAGGUCCCUCUAGUCGGUCUGUGUCUGUUAACUAGAAAUGUGCCCUAAUGAGGUAAAAAAAUAAACCCAGUGGCUCCUUCCUUCCCUACCCCCAAACUUGAAAACUACCCUCUGGGGGGGGGGGGGGGCGCUUUUCUAAAACUGAGUCACCAAAGGAUGAAUGACAGAGAUUGAUUUACACCACAGUGAGAUUUGUCCGCAAAAGAUAUCCCCUAAACAUCCUCCUCAGGAGUGUUUCAGUCAUGACACUUCUCCCUCACGGAAACAGCACUGUUGCCCCAACAGGUUUUGUGUAUGUGACCCAGAUGGCAAAAUCAGAAUUCACGCUGUGGUUCAUAGGUGACCGUUUGCCUAUACUGAAUCUUCUUUUUUUCUGUGCGAGAUAACCUUCACACAUGAAGCAUCCCUGCUUUCCAUUUCAAAACACCCAGCUGGGCUAACCCUCUUCCCAGGCCAGGUUCAAAAUAACCAGAAACCGUGCAGGUGUGUGUUGCUCCCCUCCACCCUCUUUCUUUAUUAUUCGUUUCAGUUUUGUUGAUGCUUUCUAACCCGGAAUAGUCGUUUAACCCUCUUUUCUCCCCUACUUCUUUUUUUUUUAAUUUAUUUGCACAAUACAGAAGAUGUAUUCUAACUAAAUUAUUACAUUAAAUAUUGGAAUUUA